AUGGGAGAUCUAAAAACUUCUCAGAAGAGAAACCCUACCCUUACCUACCUACCCCACUUUCAGUUUCACGCCUCCAUCUCCCUCACGCCUCACGCCUCCAUCACUCCCUCUCUCACACACACCAGCCUCCAUCAGUCGACAUCUGCCACCGGCCUCCACACUCCGGCUUCCACACGGCGGCCUCCACGGCUACUCCACAUACCCCACCGCGGCACAGCCCACACGUAUUCACUGUCACGCCUCACAGCCUCCACUCCACACGAAUCUGCCUCCACAUGCCGACCUUCACACGUCGUCCUCCCCACGCAGCUUGAUCUUUUCAUUCUCACGGCAGUAUGGCUUGCUACAUGUGCUCGGUGCAGCAUUGAGGAUGGUCAAGAUAUUAUUGGGGAGAUGGCAGCGAUUCUCUGCUCAGCCAAAAUGCUGGCACGUCUCCUACUUCUUCUUGCUGGUGCAGGAAGUAGGAGAAGUGCACUGGCAGCCAUAGCUUCAUUACUGGCCUCGACCUCCUCAGUGACAGCUUUAGGCUGCUCAACCUCCUCCUCAAUGACAGCUUCAGGCUCGGCCACCUCAGAAUCAGCUUCCUUUCGUAUGAUAUUAUUGGGGAGAUGUUGGUUAAUGCUGAGGCAAGAAUUCUGAAUUUGGACUGGUGCAAUCCAUGCAAGUUUUUGGAGGCCUAUGAUUGCAAAGGGGAACAGUGUGAGUUU